AUGGCCCGCAAUAUCCGGACCAAAGCUCUGCAACAAAUCGCCGCCUUGUCAGCCUCCAACCCGGCCGCGUCCUUCGACCAGUCUGACCUUGACAAGCUAUGCCGAGUCUCGGUCAAGCAAGGCCACUCUACCUCAGGCGCCGUCAAUGGCCGUGGACCAUCAUCUCCGUCUUCGAUGCCCUCUGCUGGGCCCGAUGUUGGGCGCAUCCCCAUGACUAUCAAGGAAUACGAAGUUCUUCUCGCUCUCUGCAAGGCCGCUCCUAGCUUGACGACUGCCCAGAGCGCACAGAAGCUUACUAGACAUUUGGUCCCCUAUCUUAUGGAUUCGCACUCUCAAGCCUUUGCCCUCUCGCCCUUUUUCCGAGAAGUUGAGCCGUCUCCAACCGAAUCCCUCAGCCAUCACGUCACCGCUGCUUUGUUGGCUCUUGGUAUAAGACACGCAACUCACGUCCAGCAAGAGGUGUCUGACAGUAUCUGGGCCUUCCUCAACGCCUGUGCCCAUGUCACCCAGGCUCUUACCGAGGCCAACUACGAGGGCCCGGCUGCACUUGACGAUGCCAUCCGGACCGCUACCAUUACCGUUGCCCUGUUGGGCUUUUUGGACGCUGCUUGCGCGCAGGCAGAUUUUUGGAAGUCUGGGGGCCGCUUGAGCCUGAUCGAGCGGUUGCGUGAUCUGUUGUCCCCGCCCUUUUUGGUGGCGGUAGAGACUGCCUUUUCCGUCAUUCGCAACUCUCAUUCCCACGACCGUUAUGCCAAAGAUUGGAGGCGGUCGCUACGCCAUUACGACGAGGUUGGCCGGCCCUUGGGGGCCUUGCUGUUGCAACGCAGCUUUAUGAGAUUGCUUGUUGCUGCCACCUCUCUCUUGGUUGCAGAGCCCGAGGCGCUACGGUCUACCCACGUACUGGACAUCCUCAUGUCGGGUGAUGGCCUGCGUCAACCGCUGUCUGAUAAAACUGGAGAUGCCGACUCCCGUUCCGUGGAAAUAUACGCCACGGUUGCCAUGGACCAGAUGACUGAUCUGGAAUCGAGUGCCGAUUUCGACAGCCUUUCGCCCGCCAAGCAGAGGCUCGCCUUUGCUGUCAAGGGCGCCGCACUAAUCAGUUACCUCAAUGUGGCUACCCUGAACGAAGAGGUGGCCGACGGCGAUGUACUCAUGCCCUGGCUCGAAGACACCCUUGGCGAUCCCUCAAGCAUGGUAGACGAGGAUCUGGCUUCCAUAGUGCUCAAGUCAAUGGCACUGCUGUGCAGGAUCAUUCCCAGCUAUGCCGCCAACGUCAGCCGCCUCCUCCCACGCUUUAUUGUCCAGGGCGGAUACAGAAGCCAGACAGUGACGGUCGCUUCCAAGUGCCUCGCUUUUGUUUUGCAAAUGCUCUCAAAGGAUGCCGUCAUUACGACUUUAUACACCCUUGGCAAUGUUCUUAGCCCUAGUGGUGAGCGGUCCACGACCAAUGGAAACGGCGGUGAAACCAGAAACGACACUCUCGAAGUAUACGGGAACAGGCAAUCGGCCGGAAGCGCCAUCUCCCUUCAACUUUCAGGCGAGGAAGAAUCCUCUGCCGUUCAGGGCAAUGUUGUUCAGGCAAUCUGCGAAAUUGCUGGUAUUUGUAAAGAUGUCAAGAUCACCGACCUUGCUCAAUCCAUGCUCGCCCAGAAAAUCGUCAGGUUAAGUAGCCCUCUUGAUGCCCGUAUCAUUACCGGUGCUGCCACUCUCGCUAUUAGUGGCAGUCAGUCCGAAUUCCGCAACCUGCUCAAGCACUACGCCGCCCUCGCUCACAAUGCGGUGGUGGAAAACAGGGAGGGAAUAUUGCAUGCCAUUACGCGAGCUCGCAACUACCUUGCUUGCAACAUCAAUCGUGACUCGCCCCUUUACAGCAUCUACCUGGAGCACUUGUUGGAUGGUAUCAUCUCCAAGGGGGACGCCCACGGUCUUCCGUCUCAAAGCGCCAAGGAGUCCGACAUGGAGCUUGCCGCUCGUGAGAUCGCACAACUGCUCCAACCUCUUGCCUUGUUCAUGUCUACCAAUGCCAAUGACAUUGGCUUUGGGGGCGAUGCAGAUGAUGACACAUAUGCUCUGCUUCGCGACUCGUGGUUCAACAUAGUCGUUCACGGCUUUACGCCCUCGACAGACCGUGGCAAACGCUAUGCGGAUGAGCUUCGCGUCAUGGCUAUCUACUCGCCACCCCUGGUAUUGGACAGCCGCGGAGAACAAGAUGAAAGUGAUAUUGAGCUCAACCCUAUCUUGCGCAGAGGCGAGAGCUCUGAUCGGGAGUCGUUGCAGAAGAAAUCUCUCUCAGGGCUGAUACCGUCCCGGGCAGCUGAGAUCAAGGGGCUCAGUUAUCGCAAAGUGAUAUUCCUUAAUGCCGCUUACCUCGUCGAGAGCUUGCGAGCGGAUGCUGGUGAUUGCACCAAGGCUCUUUCAUACUUCAAUGAGCCGAGCAUGCGCCGCGGAGAAGUUAGUCGUACGAUGGACGGUAUCAUGGACGCCGUGAUGACCCGAUACCUGAAUAGGGCCCUCGGUGGCUCCAACCCGACAUUCUCGGCCCAGUAUGCGGCUGGCCAGCUUGCGAGAAUCUUCUGCGCUUGCUGUCACCGCAUAGACCGAGUCCAACAGGCAGCUUUCGGCUGUGCAGACCGCAUCAUCAAGGCUAUCCCGUCGGCACUUUGCCAGAGGUCAUCUCUGUUCGCGCUUCUUGAACUUCUUUCCCUCAUGUGGACAAGCUGUCUUGAGGCCGAGACAGAUCGGUAUGAGCCAAGAACUAUUUUCAAGUCGUCCAGGGGUAACGUUACCGUUGAGCUCUCUCAUGACUACCAAUUCAGACACCUCACACUCGAAAGACUACAUCGAAAGGCAAAGGAGUGGCUCACUGGCGCUAUUAACAUAGCCCCUGCCGAUGUCAAGGGCCUUUUGCAAACCUAUCUUUCUGACUUUGAUGAUGAUGCUUCUUAUGGGCACAUGUCACUUGGCCGGUCUUUUGCUGUUGACAUUGGCUCAGCAAUCCCUUCGACAGAUCAGAGGUUGGCCUUGCUUGAUGUGCUGGGAGAUUACCGCAUCAACACUGCAUCUGAUUUCAUGGCCCAGUACACCAAGCGCCAGGAAUAUCGAUACUCGGAGGCACUUCCAGACCGGAGCUUGGAAUGGCAGGGUUUCAUGCGCCCUGACAUGGCAGCUUCUUCUCUCCCAUCGACGACCAGCGACAGCACCGACGCCAUAACAGCCCUUGCUCAUAUUGAGAAGUGCGUGCUCAGUCGCAAAGCCACUCCGCUUACAGAUGUUAGAGAUAUCUUACGUCGUGCUGCUGCUUUGCUCUGUCGCAGUACGAAUGAUGAAUGCUCCAUCGUCCAUUAUUUGGUCAGCAUCCCGUUCGGAAUCUUCACGAAGCAGUCUAUUAAACUGGGAGUGUCUCUCUGGCUGGGUGUGAUCAACGAGAACCCGCGGAUGGAACCCCGAAUCCUGGCCGAAAUAGCCCAGCAGUGGGAAUUCAGCAUCCAAAAGCGACUCGGUCUUUUCAGUCCUACCAUCUGCAACCCCGAUCCGUUCUUUUUGAAGGAAGAAUUUGCUCCCACUGACGCGGCGUCCGUUGCAAAGCGUAAGCAACUGGUGCAUAACGUUCUCGCACCUCACACCCGACUUCUACAGUUCUUUGCAAGCCAUUACAAUGCUACGCGGCUUGGAAAUCUGGAUACCCAGCAGAUCUUCCUCCGUCUCCUGGAAGUGACCUUGACUGCGAUGAAGCUCUCUCAUCCUCACCCGAUGGCCAGAGAGAUUCGGUUCCAGACUGUACUCUUUGGAUUACGAGUUCUCGCCACGAGCACGACCAUGGCAACCACAGCACAAUGGAGGCUGAAGGACCUGGUCCUUUCUGCGGGCCUGAGCUGGUUUUGCGCCGCCCCAUGCUGGUCUUUCGGUAGCAACGUACUGCAGCUGAAGACAGAAAUCACGCUGAUAUCAGACGUUCUCAUGGCUUUGAAGAUGACUACAACAGUUGGAGCACAGACUGUGGGCAAGAAGUCUUUGGCUUCCAAGGAAAGACUGCUGCAGUUGCUUCUAGAGAAUGAGCAGUCGCGAUUGAUUGUUUGGGUGCAGCCGCUGGGUGAGCCGCUCAAGACGCCACACCAUCUAAUCCAUCAUACCAAUACGAAUAAGAAUCUUGUAGAGGCCGCCAUCUUCCCCCUUAUUCGGAUUGCGUGGCUCGAAUCUCCUUCGUUGGCUGUGCAUCUCGCUAGCAGAUUCCCAUAUCCGCGAGUCAAGCAAGAAGUCCGAUGGCUUCUCCUUAAUUUCCCUUCCAAGGCAAUCAAGGAGCCCGAAGCGGUGGCGACACUUGUUGACGGCUCAUUGCCCGAAGAUGUCAGCUUUCAACUCAAGUACCUUCUCUUCUGGGCCCCGGUUAACCCUAUCACUUCGAUUACAUACUUCCUGCCUGCAUACCGGAAUCAUCCGUAUCUGAUCCAGUACGCUAUGAGGGCACUGGAGAGUCACUCUGUUGACGUGACGUUCUUCUAUGUCCCACAGAUUGUGCAGACCCUUCGUUAUGAUGCUCUGGGUUACGUUGAGCGCUAUAUCCUCGAGACGGCCCAGUUCUCGCAACUGUUCGCGCAUCAGAUCAUCUGGAACAUGAAGGCAAAUGCCUAUAAAGACGAAGAUGCUACUAUCCCCGAUGCGAUCAAACCAACCCUUGACAAAGUCAUGGGCCACAUGAUAGAUAGUUUCUCUACCGUCGACCGUGAAUUUUACGAACGCGAAUUUGCCUUCUUCGAUGAGGUGACAAGCAUUUCGGGCAAGCUCAAGCCUUUCAUCAAGAAGUCGAAGCCGGAGAAGAAGCAAAAGAUCGAGGAGGAAUUGCGCAACAUUAAGGUUGAGGUGGGCGUCUACCUGCCCAGCAACCCAGAUGGCGUGGUCAUCGGCAUCGAUCGAAAGUCAGGCAAGCCAUUGCAGAGUCACGCAAAGGCUCCCUUCAUGGCAACUUUCCGUAUCCAAAAAUCCAAGGGAGGGGUGGAAGAGACCGAGGAGAUGAUCGAAGAAUCGGAAGCGGGCAAUAACGAUGCGGCGAAGGCCAACACCAUCGAGGUAUGGCAAUCGGCCAUCUUCAAGGUCGGUGAUGAUUGUCGUCAAGAUGUGUUGGCCCUUCAGAUGAUUGCCGCCUUCCGAGGAAUCUUCCAGACCGUUGGCCUUGAUGUCUUCGUCUUCCCCUACCGCGUAACGGCCACAGCCCCCGGCUGCGGUGUCAUUGACGUGCUUCCCAACUCCAUCUCCCGAGACAUGCUGGGACGAGAGGCUGUCAACGGGCUCUAUGACUACUUCGUUUCCAAGUAUGGCAACGAGGAUUCCCUCCGCUUCCAGCAAGCCCGGAACAACUUUGUCAAGAGUAUGGCGGCAUACUCGGUCAUUUCGUUCCUCCUGCAGUUCAAGGACAGACAUAACGGUAACAUCAUGAUUGACGAUGCCGGCCACAUUCUUCACAUUGAUUUUGGUUUCUGUUUCGAUAUUGCUCCUGGCGGUAUCAAGUUCGAGCGUGCCCCGUUCAAGCUGACAUCGGAGAUGCUUGCUGUGAUGGGCGGCAGUCCGGAUCACCAGUCGUUCAAGUGGUUUGAAGAGCUGUGCAUCAAAGCCUUCCUUGCUUCUCGUCAAUAUACGGAGAAGUUGUCACAGAUUGUUCUGUUGAUGAUGGACAGCGGCCUGCCAUGCUUCAAGCCUGAGAGUGUGAAGCACUUCAAGGAGCGUUUUGUGCUGGAGAAGAGCGAGCGCGAGGCGGCCGAUUUCAUGAAGGAUCUUAUCAAGAAGAGUUACGCCAGUUAUUCGACGGGAUUUUACGACCAGUUCCAGCUUCUGACGAACGGUAUCCCGUACUAA